UUUAUUUUGAUCUAAUUUCCUUUUUUGCCGUGAUCUAUUAUUUUGGGUAAGUUUACCGUUUUUUAUUACCGUUUUAUAUUUAAUUAUCAUUUAUUGAGCCACGCGUUUCCCAAGUGACGUCAGACCAAGUGUUGUCACUUCUUAUCCAUCAGCCCACGUCUUGCAUCUCACGCGCGUCAGGGGUAUCACGUUUUUUGAUAUUCAUGAUAAUUGCUCCCUAUUUUGUAGACUUGUAAGUAUAUUGUCUAGUUAGAGGGAGGGAGCGGUUUAUAGGGUUUUUUAGUGGGUUUCUUUUUUUCAGGUUGAGAAAUUUCUAGUGUGGGUAUUUUUUAGAGAGAGUUUUGAAAUUCAAAAUUUCUCUCUAUUUAGUGUGGCAGUUUCAUAGAGGGUUAUUCAUUUGAAACUUUCUCAAAAAAAUCUGAUUGUAAAUGGUUAAUACUCGUUCUUCCCUUUCUCCAUCUGGUUCAUCGAAGCUUCUUCUUGACAAGUUAAAAAUGAAGAAAACGAUUUCUGAAGAUGACAAUGAAGAUCUUUCUGGUGGUUCUGAGGGCUCUGGUGAUGUUUCUGUUAAGGAAGUGAAGAGGAAGCAAUAUAAUCGUGGAAACAAGAAGGUUACUGACGAUCGGCCUUUGAAAAAAUUGAAACAAGUUGUUGAAUAUGAUGAGGACUUCUACGACAGUGAUGAUCUAGAAGUUGAGAACAAUGAAUCGAUGAAGGAGUGGGAGUUAUAUUUCAAGCAUGAGGAUAGGGUUGGUGGAAGAAUAAUUUUUUUUCCUAACCAUGAAAACAAUGUUAUUGCCAUUAUCAAUAGUAAAUUGACUCCUUCUCAAGCAAAGCUGUUUCGUGAGACAUGUUUUGGACAUUUUUUGGACAUGAAUCCAAUUGCAAUGCAAACUCAGUUGAUUCACAGUGCUUUGCACAGGGAGGUACACCAGAAAAAUCCUUAUGAAAUGUGGUUCAAAUUUGGUUCUCAAAAUUUCAGGUUUAGUUUGGCUGAGUUUGCUGUUGUGACUGGUUUAUUAUGUGUUGGUGAUUCUGAUAUGAGUGGUUAUGCAAAGAAGGAGAAUGCAUUUGUGGAUAAGUAUUUUAGUGAUCAACAAGUAACGAUCGAUCUUUGUGGAGGAGAGGUUUAG